CUCUUUCGGAACCGCAGCCCUUCUGCUAAGAUGGCCAAGCGCACCAAGAAGGUGGGAAUCGUGGGAAAGUACGGCACCCGUUAUGGUGCGUCGCUCAGGAAGAUGGUAAAGAAGAUCGAGAUCAGCCAACACGCCAAAUACACCUGCUCCUUCUGCGGAAAGACUAAGAUGAAGAGGAAGGCUGUGGGCAUCUGGCACUGCGGCUCCUGCAUGAAGACUGUGGCUGGAGGAGCCUGGUCAUACAACACAACAUCCGCCGUGACGGUGAAAUCCGCCAUCAAGAGACUGAAGGAGCUGAAGGACCAGUAAUGAACUGCUCUGCUGUAUCUGUGUCGGACUGUUUCUCUCUGUGGCUCUUUAAACAUCCCAUAAUAAAUCGGAGUCUUGAGCGAA